AUGUCCCUCCAAACCCCCGAAAUCCUCACCGCCUACGACUCCGUCCGCUCCGACAAGUCCCCCACCAACUGGCUUCUCCUCAGCAACUCCUCUCCCAGCACGCAAACCCUUUCCCUCAAAGCCACCGGCUCAGGCGGCAUUCCGGAGCUUCUCUCGCACCUCUCCCCCAGCGAAGUAUCCUACGCCUACGUGCGGAUCCAAUACGCCAACGACGCGGAGUCCGUCCGGGUAAAGUUCGCGCUGAUCAUCUGGAUUGGCGAGCAGACGAAAGUGAUGCGCAAGGCGCGGGUGUCGAUUGAGUCAGGGGAGGUGAAGAAGGUGUUGGCGCAUCAUAGCGUUUCUGUGCAGGCUUCGGAGCUGAAGGAGAUUGAUGAGGAGGAGAUUGUGAGGCUUUGUAGGAAGGCUGGGGGUGCUGAUUAUAAUGGUGGGAGGGGUUAG